GGACUGCCCCGCCGCUCACCCCGAAACUGAAAAGAUGUCUUUGCAGAGGGGUGCGCGGCACCUUCUGGUGAAGCAGCGGGGCUGGUUCCCCAAGCAGAGGCGAUCGGCACAUUCUGUGGGGAUCAUUGGAGCACCGUUCUCCUAUGGCCAGAAACGCCGAGGAGUGGAAGGGGGACCGCAGGCGAUCCGGGACGCCGGCUUAGUGGAGAGACUUUCGGGUCUGGGUUGUAAAGUGCAUGAUUAUGGAGAUCUGAAUUUCACCACUGUAUCAAAUGACACACCAUAUAACAACAUUGUCCACCACCCAAGAACAGUGGGUUUAGCCAACCAGUCAUUAACUGAAGCAGUCAGCCGAGCAGUUGGUGAUGGUCACCUAAGUGUUAUGCUUGGAGGAGAUCACAGUUUAGGAAUUGGUUCAGUCCAUGGACAUGCACAGCAGCGUCCUGAUUUGUGUGUCAUAUGGGUUGAUGCACAUUGUGAUCUAAACACACCUCUAACAUCAAUGUCUGGUAAUCUGCAUGGACAACCAGUAUCGUUCCUUAUCAGAGAGCUCCAGGACAAGAUACCACCACUUCCUGGAUUUUCUUGGGUCACGCCUUGUAUUUCAGCAAAGGACUUGGUUUAUAUUGGUGUUCGGGAUGUUGAUCCUGCUGAAUAUUACAUCCUGAAAAACUUUGGUAUUCGAUACUUCUCAAUGAAAGAAGUGGAUCAACUAGGAAUACAUAAAGUAAUGGAAAGAACAUUUGAUCACCUUAUUGGAAAACAGAAAAGACCAGUGCACCUGAGCUAUGAUGUGGAUGCCAUUGACCCAUCUUUAGCUCCUGCUACUGGUACUCCAGUGAUAGGAGGACUAACAUACAGGGAAGGGAUGUAUAUUGCAGAGGCUGUGCAGAACACAGGAUUACUGUCUGCCAUGGAUCUGGUGGAAGUCAACCCUAAACUUGCGACUUCAGAUGCUGAACUUAAUGCUACAGUAAAUAUUGCAAUAGAUGUCAUCUCCUUUUCUUUGGGACAGGCUCGAGAAGGAUCCCAUGGCAAAUAUGAUGAAUUACCAACACCCAGUGCAACAUAUACAACAAAUGAACAGACUAUACGGCUUUAGGAAUUGAAGGUGGAGAAGAGGAAACAAUGUUUAGCUUGUACAAAAUCCUAUUCCAGAACUGAAAUUUUAAGAAUAGCACUGUUCCAUAUAUACUUAUCAUUGGGAUAUAUUAAUGGGAUACUAUUCUAAGCCCAUCAUCCAUACCUUCCUUUAUUCUUAAGGUAAUGUGAACAAUGCCGUACUAAGCUUUUUCAAUAUGUUCUAAUUGAAAGAAUAUCAUUUCUCUAUUUGAGUUGGAGCUGUGUUUGAAUAAGUCAUACUGUUUGAUCAACUGAACUUUCAAAUGUUCUGUACUUUGUAUAAGAAUACACUGGCAGGGAUAAAUCUACACACUUCAUUAAAUAAACUUUCCCUCAGGACAGA